AUGGCGGUCGCAGUGGCUAAGGAGGAGAUGGACUACGCAAUCAAGCCUGAGGCUAGUUCCUCGAAAAUCGACACGUCGGAGUGGCCGCUUCUUCUGAAGAAUUAUGACAAGCUGCUUGUCAGGACCGGCCACUUCACGCCUAUCCCCGCUGGUAGCACUCCUUUGAAGCGCGACCUGAAGUCGUACAUCAACUCCGGUGUCAUCAACCUGGACAAGCCUUCAAACCCCUCCAGUCAUGAAGUUGUUGCUUGGAUGAAGAGAAUCCUGAGGGCGGAGAAGACUGGUCACAGCGGAACCCUCGACCCCAAGGUCACCGGUUGCUUGAUUGUCUGCAUUGACCGUGCCACUCGCCUGGUGAAAUCCCAACAGGGUGCCGGAAAAGAAUACGUUUGCGUUAUCCGCCUCCAUGAUAAGAUCCCUGGUGGUGAGGCCCAGUUUAAGCGGGCUCUCGAGACAUUGACUGGAGCUCUUUUCCAGCGGCCGCCAUUGAUCUCUGCUGUUAAGCGUCAGCUUCGUAUCCGGACAAUUCACGAAAGCAAGCUUUACGAGUUCGACAACGAGAGGCACCUUGGUGUCUUCUGGGUCAGCUGUGAAGCCGGAACCUACAUCAGAACCCUUUGUGUCCAUUUGGGUCUUCUGCUCGGUGUUGGUGCGCACAUGCAGGAACUCCGCCGUGUUCGCAGUGGUGCCAUGGAUGAGAACAGUGGAAUGGUGACUCUGCAUGACGUUUUGGAUGCCCAAUGGAUGUACGACAACCAGCGGGACGAGUCUUAUUUGAGGAAGGUCAUUAAGCCUCUGGAGACUCUCCUCACCACGUACAAGCGUAUCGUUGUCAAAGACAGCGCUGUGAAUGCUGUGUGCUAUGGUGCGAAGCUGAUGGUUCCUGGUCUCCUCCGCUUCGAGGCUGGUAUUGAGGUCAACGAAGAGGUGGUCCUCAUGACCACUAAGGGUGAGGCUAUUGCCAUCGGUAUCGCUCAAAUGUCGACCGUCGAGCUGUCCACCUGCGAUCACGGCGUUGUUGCCAAGGUCAAGCGUUGUAUCAUGGAACGUGACCUGUACCCCCGUCGCUGGGGCUUGGGACCUGUGGCUUUGGAGAAGAAGAAGCUCAAGUCCGCCGGAAAGCUGGAUAAGUACGGUCGUGCUAACGAGGCUACGCCUGCCAAAUGGAAGAACGACUACAAGGAUUACAGCGCACCCGAAGAAGAAGGCGCGCAGGCAGUGGCUCAACCCGUCGCUAAGGAAGAGGCUGCUACUCCUGCCGAGCAAACGGAAACCCCUUCUUCUCCCAACAAGAUGGAUGUUGAUGACGACGACGACGAGAAGAAGAAGCGCAAGCGCCACGAAGGUGAGACACCCGAGGAGCGGGCCGAGCGCAAGCGCAAGAAGAAGGAGAAGAAGGAAAAGAAGGAGCGCCGGAAGUCCAAGCAGGAGAAGGAGGAGAGCGACGAUAGUGAUUAA